AGCAACUUUGCCAGAGGCAUGACAGGUGUUUAAUCGUGGGCCCCUUGAUCUUGACUCCAUUCAGCUCCCUUGUCUAGAUCCGAUCUGUAGCUGGCCGGGGCCGAGGCCGAGCGCAUGACAUAUCUUCGGAAGUCUCCGGAUGGGAGACCGACCGGAUCGGUCCGAGGGUGGCCGGCUCUGCCGAAGCCGAGCGCAUGACACUUGCCGAGGCGACCUUCGCUGGUCCUUCAUCUUGGUUUCGCCAAGUGGGCCUUGGCGAAGUUGGGCUGGGCCGUUCUCCUGUUGGGCUGGAUACCCCCCCAUUCCCGGGCACUGGCGGCGGCCUGCCACCAAAGGAUUCGGCGGAAUACUACUCCGCCCGGGCGGCUCUCGAUCAACACCGCCACCGGCAACUCUCUCCGCCGGCGGCCGCUAGAGACUUGCCGGCAUACACAUUUGCCGGAGGAGAUGACACCAAAUUUAUAGAGCGUCUGGGAUACCUUCAAUAUGCCCAUAUAUACGUUGGGACUCCUCCGGUGCCAUUUCUGGUGGCUCUUGACACCGGGAGUGACGUGUUUUGGUUGCCAUGUCGCUGCCAAAAUUGUUCGAGUUACUUCAUGACUUCAAGGGGAAAGAUAGUGAACCUCAACUCGUACGAACCGGGUUCAUCAUCCACGAGUGAGGUUCUCCUCUGCAAUAGUUCAUAUUGCAGCGAGCCAUGCCCCCUCCCAGCAGCACCCACCCCGCCGCCAUGCCCUUAUGAGAUCAACUACAUGUUCGAGAACACGUUGUCCCGGGGCUUUCUCGUCCAGGAUCUAAUGCACCUGGAAACCUACACAAACCAUAAUGCCACCAAAAUUCACCCCCCGGUGGUUUUCGGGUGCGGAGAAGUAGAGACGGGGCUUUUUCUGGGCAGGGGAGAUCUGAAUGGGCUACUCGGUCUGGGGCACACAUCUUUGGAUGUGACGACCCUCUUGUCGUCCCAAGGGUUGAUCCGAAACUCAUUCUCGAUGUGCUUUGCACCCGACGGGAAUGGCCGGAUUGCCUUUGGGGACAAAGGGGAUGCCGACCAGAGGGUUACGCCAUUGGUGGAUGCACGCGCAAGUGCACAGUACGUACGCGUAGAUCGAAUCUACGUGAACGAUGUAGUGACUGAUGUUGGGUUCGAAGCGAUGUUCGACUCCGGCACCAGUCUCACCUACUUGGCCGGAGAAGCCUAUGCCGUGGUCACAAAAGCUUUUGUUUCUCUUGUGAAGGACCAGCAGCGCAUUGAACUCGUACAUCCUUUUUUUGAAUAUUGUUACAUUCCAGGGACCGGUAAUAAUGCCUCCUUUGGAAUUCCAUCGUUGAUUUUCAAUACCAAAGGAGGUGCUAAUUUCUCAGUCAUGAGUCCCAUGUUUUCAAUAAAAAUACCCCAACAAGUGUAUUGCCUAGCCAUUGUGAAUAACAAAAUAAACACCCUAAAUAUUAUAGGACAUAACUAUUUAACGGGUUACCGUAUUAUUUUUGAUCGAGAAAGAUCAAUUCUCGGAUGGAAACCGUCUAACUGUAUAUCAAAAGAAGCCAAUACUACUGCCUCUAAUGCAUCGGUGUUGUCUGCAAUGGAGAGCAUACUGUUUUUCUUCUUAGUUUCUUUUUCAUUUUCACAUGUUAUGUAGUUUAUCAACUUUGUUUACUUUAUUUAUGUAAUUAAAAGCCAUUUACGGAG